CUUCAAUAAGCUUAUUCGCGCUCUUCAUAAAUAUUUUCUUCAGUCUUUAGUCUAUUUAUAUGUUUUGAUAAUCGGAAAGAAAAACACAAUUGGAUCAGAAUGUCUGUUUGUACCGCAGCCGAAAUUGCAGAAAAGCGUCGUAUUGCAUUAGAGAAGUUAGCAGCUAAAAAGCAACGUUUGGCUAACGCCUCAUCAACUGCAACAAAAAUAACAUCUCCAGUUCAACAGCAAUGCACAGCUACAGGUGCCAUAUCAACAAAUAGCUUCUUUAAGCAGCAAAAUCACACACAAACACAAAGUGAUGCAAACGCAAAACUUCAGCAAAAUUCGAGUGCUAAGCCCAGCGCUGCAGCCAUAAAUUUUCUAAAUGAUUUAAAGCGUAGUAACAUUGGAAAGUAUGUAAAUAAUGCACGAAAUUCAGCACAACCAUAUCCCCGAAGCCCAUUUCACAACAAGCCAAAUGCUGCUGCAAUUCAAACUGUCAGCAAUGUAAAUCAACAAAAUCUGGCACCUGUUUUCGCUGUCCAAGUUAGCUGUAAGGUAUAUAUGAUCAGUAAUACACGCUUUGUGGCACAGCCUUCAUGUUACCAUGCCAAACUUAUCGAUGUGUUUAAAACUAUACCAUCAAGAUCAUAUGAUAACUUAAAAUGUACUUGGAGUUUCGGACUACAAGAUUAUGAGCUAUUGCAGGAACGCGUCGGCGGUAUGAAGCCAGACGUAAGCAUUGGCACCAUACCAAAGAGUGUGAUUUCAGUAUGCCGCACACCGCCUGUGGAAAUCGAACACUCCUGCUUAUCCUCGAUCGAACCAAAGUUAGCACAGAAACUAUUACCUUUCCAGCAAGAAGGAGUUUGUUUUGCUAUUGCGCAUCACGGUCGUCUUAUGAUCUGUGAUGAAAUGGGUCUAGGCAAAACGUAUCAAGCGCUUGCUGUGGCAGACUUUUACAAGGAAUCAUGGCCUCUGUUAAUUUGUACCACUGCUUCUGUUCGCGAAUCCUGGGUCAAUCACGUACGCGAUCUGCUACCCAGUAUACAUGUCCACUACAUACAAACGUUGCUAAAUAAUCAGCAAUAUUUCCAUGAUGCAAAAGUGCUUAUCACCAGUUACAAUAUGAUGGAUAAGCAUGUUGACCGAUUAUUGGAGCAUAAAUUUGGUUUUGUAAUAUUCGAUGAAUCGCACACUUUGAAAAAUGCCAAAACUAAAUGCUCUAUGGCGGCGGAACGUUUAACACAAAAAGCACGACAUGUGAUAUUGCUUUCGGGCACACCAGCCCUAUCGCGACCCUUAGAAUUAUUCACACAAAUUCAUCUCAUCGAUCGCAAAUUCAUGACAUUUAAGGAAUAUACUACUCGUUACUGUGAUGGCAAGCAAACGCAUUUUGGCUGGGAUGCGACAGGUCAGUCGAAUCUGGAAGAGCUAAAUGUUGUGCUAAAAGAAAAAUUUAUGAUAAGACGCACAAAGGAUUCUGUGCUGCCACAAUUGGCUGAAAAGAAUCGUGAAACCGUGCUGCUGGACCCAGCGCUUUUGUCAAUCAAUACAGUAUCGAAGCAAAAUUUGGAAACGCUUAGCCGAGAUUUCUCCACAAGCAAAGGCCGCGAACGCGAAGACAUACUACUAAGGUUCUAUUCAACGACGGCUGAGGUUAAAGCGCGUGCUGUGUGCGCUUACUUAAAAAACUUGGUGAAAGACAAAAUUAAAUUCAUUGUGUUUGCACAUCAUCGCGUCAUGCUGGACGCCAUAAGCGAUUGCUUGUGCAAAUUAAAUGUGAAUUUUAUACGCAUUGAUGGCACUACCAAAAAUGAGGCGCGCGGGGAAUAUAUAGAGAAAUUUCAAACGAAAUCGUCCUGCCAAGUUGCUGUGCUCUCAUUGCGCGCCUGCAAUGCCGGCAUCACGCUAACCGCCGCCGAAAUGAUUAUUUUCGCCGAAUUGGACUGGAAUCCAAGUACCUUAGCGCAGGCGGAGAGUCGCGCACAUCGCAUCGGCCAAAAUAAAGCGAUCAUAUGCCGUUACUUAAUGGCGCCGAAAACGGCCGAUGAUGCCAUCUGGAAUAUGUUGAAAAAUAAACAGGAUGUUUUGAACCGUGCUGGUUUAUUCUGUGAGAACUUGCAGGAUGCCACGCACACCGCAGCGCCUACAGGGUCACAUAAAAUUGAAAACUACUUUUCGCCUAUGAARAAGGUUGAUCCACCUAAAUCAAGCACGACGGCUGACGUUGUGCACAUUAAACCACAACCAGCCGCUGGCGUUGUAGACGAUGCAGCGCAGAAGUUGGACUUGAGCAAGGAAUUGGAGAAUAUCGAUGAAUUUUUUAUGGAUGACGAUGAUGAUGCGUUCAAGGACCUGAUGUUUUGAUUUUUGUUUGUGUGUGUGUUUUUUUCAAGUGUUCGAAGUAAUGUGUUUGAAGUAAUAAGCAGCGCAUGUGUGUUUGAAUAUUGUAGUUGGCUAUAUUAUUUUUUUACUAUUAUACGCUAACUUCUGCCACCAAUAA